UGCUGCCCGCCCCUCUUGUAUCAUGUGAGCUGAUGGUUUGUUGUUGUUCUGUCAUUUCCUUAUGAAUAACACUGGACAUUCAAAUAACAUGGAAUCAAAGGAAGGGACGGUUUACACACCGGCAGGCCCGUCAGCUGAUAUAACACGAAGCCUUGAAGAGGAUUCGAUGGUGGACGGACCUCUGAUCUCUGCUGACGCCCUCCACUCCGCCAUCAGGAGAGAGUUUCAGACCGUCCCCACACCCUACCAUGCCGGCUUGCUUUCUUUCCUUCACGUUGUGUAUGUGGUGUUGUCAGUCUGUUUGGCGGUGCUGUGUGUGUUAAAAGUCGGUGAGGAGGAUGUGUGUACGAGUGUUUUAGGUAAGGUCCAAGGUGACAGCGUCAUCGUGUUUGGGAAGGUGGCAUUAUGGGCGCUGGUGCUGUUGUUCACUGCGUGCGUGCAGCACCAUCACAGCCGGGCCAGGAGCAGAGGAUACCUGCGCUUCUACAGACAGAUGCAGGGACUGAAGCACCUGCCGCUCACCGUGCACUCUGCAGGAAAUGUUCUGCUGCUGGUCGUUCUGGCUGCAAGGUUACGUUCUGAGGUGCAGACCUACAUGCUGCUCAGUAUCCUGGGGCUGGAGGUCCUGGUGGCUGUGCCAUGUCUGAUCUAUUACACAGUGAAGGUGAUGCAGUUUAACAGAGAGCGAGCUGCACCGGACGUGAGCCAAGAAGAGCAUUCACGCAACUUCAGCGUCACCAGCAUGCCGACUGAGACCGGCUUCAGGGAGUGCACCAGUCUCGAGGAGGUUGUGGAGAAGCAGGCCGACUUGAUCGAAUACCUGAAACAGCACAACACUUUACUGAGCAAAAGGCUGCUUAACCUCACCGCUCAGCACUGAACCCCUCCUCCUCUUACUGCAGCCUGUGAUCCAGCAGCCACAUGGGCGAAAUGCACACGAUCUGUGGGUUUGGAAGAGUGGUCUGAAGCUAGAGGAAACACUGGAGGAAAAGACUAAAACAUAUGAAACUCCCUGCACAGGCUAGCACCUGUGUGCUCAAACUUGAAGACAGGAUGGAGAGAUAACCUAGGAGGAGGUGAGCUGUAAGUGGAGGGUAGUUAAAGAGGGGAGGUGGGAGGAGGAGGAGGAGAAGGAGGAGGGAGUCACGGGUCACAGAUCAGAGGUGAGGGGUUUUUAUCACUGCGUUACGACCCUCUGUGACCCAUGUUUGCUGCAGUUUGUGUUACUGUGAGAGAAACAGAAGGGUUAAAAUAGUUUUGGAGAUCAUGUGCACUAAAAGGAGGAACUGAGAGAGGAGGUGAAAGAGGAGGGAGGCAUUAUCAGGGUAAACAAAAGAGAUCAAUUAACGCUGUAAAAUGUCUGCAAGUGCUUUUUUAUGUGUCUGAUUUUGUGUAAGUGGUAGUUUUUUCUAUUUUUUCAAUAAUUGAGAUUGUGUAUUUGUGGUGUGAUUGCAAUAAAUCUUUUAUAAUUUCA